UCCAUAGUCUCACUCAACCACGACAAGAUGAUGGGAAUGCUCGACAGCUUCCGCUCGUCGGCGUGGAUCUACCUGACGCCGGUGGCCGCGGCGUGCGCGCCCAUCGGGGUGCUGAGGACCUACUUCAACCAGCACCUCCGCCGGCCCGUGCGCCGGUUCCUCCCGUUCCUCGACCCCUUCGUCACCAUCGACAUCGCCGCCAAGCCUGAAGACCACUCCUGCUCCUACUACAACAGCAAGGCCAAGUCCAGCGACGCCUACGCGGAGGUGCUCGCCUACCUCAGCGUCGUCUGCUCGCGGGACGCGCGCCAGCUCCGCGCCGAGGGCGCCGACGAGGGCCACGGCUUCGUGCUCAGCCUCCGCGAGGGCCAGGAGGUGGCGGACGAGUUCAGGGGCGUCACCAUGUGGUGGUCGGCCGUCGUGGAAGACAAGGCGUCGCACCGCUCCACGGGGAGGUGCUGCCGACUCACGUUCCACGAGAAGCACCGGAGGCUCGUCGUCGACGAGUACCUACCUCAUGUCCGCCGCACGGGACAGGAUGUCACGGUCGGCAACCGCCCCCGCAGGCUCUACACCAACAAGAACAACCGCGACUACGGUAGUCCGAGGGAUGAGGUGUGGAGCUACAUCAACUUCGACCAUCCGACCACCUUCGACACGCUCGCCAUGGAUCCAGACGAGAAGCAGAGCAUCAUGGACGACCUUGACGACUUCCGCAACAACAAGGACUACUACCGACGCAUCGGCAGGGCCUGGAAGCGUGGCUACCUCCUCCACGGCCCUCCGGGCACCGGCAAGUCCACCAUGAUCGCCGCCAUGGCCAACUACCUCAACUACGACAUCUACGACAUCGAGCUCACCACGCUGCACUCCAACUACGACCUCCGCAAGCUCUUCAUCGAGACCAAGAGCAAGUCCAUCGUCGUCAUCGAGGACAUCGACUGCUCCCUCGACCUCAGCGGCCACCGCGCCACCAUGAUGCCUCCCACGCAAGACGACGAGCUCGACGACGUCGCCAGCGAGAGGAAGCGCAGGAGAGGCAGCAUGCUCACGCUGUCCGGCCUGCUCAACUUCAUCGACGGCCUCUGGUCGGCGCACAGCGGCGAGCGCAUCAUCGUCUUCACCACCAACCACCUCGACAAGCUCGACCCGGCGUUGAUCCGCCGGGGCCGGAUGGACAAGCACAUCGAGAUGUCCUACUGCAGAUUCGAGGCCUUCAGGACGCUCGCCGAGAACUACCUCGAGGUUGACGAGCACCCGCUGUUCGACGCCAUCAAGGAGCUGCUGCAGGUGGUUGACAUCACUCCCGCGGAUGUGGCGGAGUGUAUCAUGAUGUCAAAGCGCGCAGCUCGCGACGCGGACGCUUGUCUUGGGAGUUUGGUACACGAGCUCAAGAAGAAAUUGGAGGACAAGGAGGAACGGAAGAAGGUUGAGGAGCACGAUGCAAAGAUGGCUACCGAUGAGAAACUUGCGUCCGAAAAUGGGAAGAAGCACAACGCCGAGGAGGAUGCGGCUGCAAAACCAAAUGGCAGGGAAGCCAUGGCUAACGGUGUGAGUGAAAGUUCUAGCUGUUCUGAGGAGGAUUGUUAGCAAGAUAUUAAUUAUUUACUCUAUAGGAUGAUUAUUAUUUAAAUGAGGCUGUCAUGCAGCAGACUUGCACGAGUAGAAGUUCAGAGAGUUCAGUCGGCGGAAAAAAUAUAUUUACCUUUUU